AUGGGAGGUCGGUUCCUGCUGACGCUCGCCGUCCUCUCAGUGCUGCUGAGCCGCUGCCAGGUCGGCUCCUCCGGGGUCUUCGAGCUGAAGCUGCAGGAGUUUGUCAAUAAGAAGGGGCUGCUCAGCAACCGCAACUGCUGCCGCGGGGGCGGCCCCGGCGCCAGCGGGCUCCAGCAGUGCGACUGCAAGACCUUCUUCCGCGUCUGCCUCAAGCACUACCAGGCCAGCGUGUCCCCAGAGCCGCCCUGCACCUACGGCAGCGCCAUCACCCCCGUCCUGGGCGCCAAUUCCUUCAGCGUCCCCGACGGCGCGGGCGGCGCAGACCCCGCCUUCAGCAAUCCCAUCCGCUUCCCCUUCGGCUUCACCUGGCCCGGCACCUUCUCACUCAUCAUCGAGGCUCUGCAUACGGACUCACCCGAUGACCUCACCACUGAAAACCCUGAGCGCCUCAUCAGCCGUCUGGCCACCCAGAGACACUUGGCAGUGGGUGAAGAGUGGUCCCAAGAUCUGCACAGCAGCGGCCGCACUGACCUCAAGUACUCCUAUCGCUUCGUGUGUGAUGAGCACUACUACGGAGAAGGCUGCUCUGUCUUCUGCCGCCCCCGGGACGAUGCCUUUGGUCAUUUCACCUGUGGAGAGCGUGGCGAGAAAGUCUGCAACCCGGGCUGGAAGGGCCAGUACUGCACUGAGCCAAUUUGUUUGCCUGGAUGUGACGAGCAACACGGCUUUUGCGACAAGCCUGGGGAAUGCAAAUGCAGAGUGGGCUGGCAGGGACGAUACUGUGAUGAGUGCAUCCGAUACCCAGGCUGCCUCCAUGGUACCUGUCAGCAGCCUUGGCAGUGCAACUGCCAGGAAGGCUGGGGUGGCCUUUUCUGCAACCAGGAUCUGAACUACUGCACCCACCACAAGCCCUGCAAGAACGGUGCCACAUGCACCAAUACUGGUCAGGGGAGCUACACUUGUUCAUGCCGUCCUGGGUACACAGGCUCCAACUGUGAGAUUGAAAUCAAUGAAUGUGAUGCCAACCCUUGCAAAAAUGGUGGAAGCUGCACUGAUCUUGAGAACAGCUAUUCCUGUACCUGCCCCCCAGGCUUCUACGGGAAGAACUGUGAGCUGAGUGCGAUGACUUGUGCUGAUGGACCAUGCUUCAAUGGUGGGCGCUGCACUGACAACCCUGACGGGGGCUACAGCUGCCGCUGCCCACUGGGUUAUUCUGGGUUCAACUGUGAAAAGAAAAUCGAUUACUGCAGUUCCAGCCCUUGUGCUAAUGGAGCCCAGUGCGUCGAUCUGGGGAACUCCUAUAUCUGCCAGUGCCAGGCUGGCUUCACUGGGAGACACUGUGAUGACAAUGUGGAUGACUGCGCCUCUUUCCCCUGUGUCAACGGAGGGACCUGCCAGGAUGGCAUCAAUGACUAUUCCUGCACCUGCCCCCCAGGAUACAACGGGAAGAACUGCAGCACCCCGGUGAGCAGAUGUGAACACAACCCUUGCCACAAUGGGGCCACCUGCCACGAAAGAAACAACCGCUAUGUCUGUGAGUGUGCCCGGGGCUACGGCGGGCUCAACUGCCAGUUUCUGCUCCCUGAGCCACCUCAGGGACCCGUCAUCGUUGACUUCACUGAAAAGUACACAGAAGGCCAGAACUCCCAGUUCCCCUGGAUCGCCGUCUGCGCUGGGAUUAUUCUGGUCCUCAUGCUGCUGCUGGGGUGUGCUGCUGUGGUCGUCUGCGUCAGGCUCAGAGUGCAGAAGAGGCACCACCAGCCUGAUGCCUGCAGGAGUGAGACUGAGACUAUGAAUAACCUGGCAAACUGCCAGCGUGAGAAGGACAUUUCCAUAAGUGUCAUUGGUGCCACUCAGAUUAAAAACACAAAUAAGAAAGUAGACUUUCACAGCGAUAACUCUGAUAAAAAUGGCUACAAAGUCAGAUAUCCAUCAGUGGAUUACAAUUUGGUGCAUGAACUCAAGAAUGAGGACUCAGUUAAGGAGGAACACAGCAAAUGUGAAGCCAAGUGUGAAACGUAUGAUUCAGAGGCAGAGGAGAAAAGUGCAGUACAACUAAAGAGUGAUACUUCUGAAAGAAAGCGACCAGAUUCAGUAUAUUCCACUUCAAAGGACACAAAGUACCAGUCGGUGUAUGUCAUAUCAGAAGAGAAAGACGAGUGCAUCAUAGCAACUGAGGUGUAA